GAAAUCUAGGAAUCAUGUAAUCCUAAAUAGAUCAGUGGAAAGAGAGAGAAAUUUAAAAUAUAUCUCACAAAUAUAAUAACGUGAUUAUUAUUUUUUUAUUAGUAUAUUUAUCUACAAUCAGUAUAUAUAUACGAUUGCUUGAUAAAGGAGAUUACGAUAAAAUUUAAUUGUGAUAAUGUCGCAUCAUAUGAGUUUCUGUGAACACCAUCAUGGCUGGUAAUUACAAAAGUUUUAUGAGAUUAUUAGAAUCGUGGCCACUGGAUAAAACCAAAGUGGGCAGUGAUUUGGGACAACACAUUCGUGACCAAUUAAAGAUUGCCUUUGCAAAGGGUGAUGCUAGUCAACAAAAUGUGGAACAGUGUAAUCGAUAUUAUUCAAGUUUGAAAAGAAUUUCAUCAAAUCAUUAUGGACAAUUUUAUAAACGCUCUUUAUUAAGCACUGCAAGUGGAUUGAGCAGAGAGCAAUGUACCUUGGCGCUGACGCCUGAAAUGUUAGAUUAUUUAAAGGAAGAGGAUAAGGGUAUAUUUCGCAGAGCUUAUGGAAAGAUUCGAAAUAUUGUAAAAUAUGAUUAA